AUGACAUUCGGAGGCCUCUAUCCGCGCAGCAUUCGCUCGCCACCUAGCGAUUCCUCUGCAAGAUAUGGCCGCUCCUCUCGAAUCUCCAAGCGACUCCGUUGUCUGCCGUUUACAGUCCUCUUUGGUUGUCUAGGACUUGUUUUUCUGUCCUCUAGUGUUCCGUACCAAUGGAAGGACCGCGUGGCAGAUCUCCAGUUUGCUUUUCACGACACGCCCGUUUCCACAAUCGACCAAGGCGUUCUCGCUGCCCAGACACACUCGCCAGAAAGCACAUCCCUCGCCCCACCCCCGAAGCAAUCCCCAUCGCGUCCGAAUCCUGUUUACGUUGCUAGCAAACGCAUCGAAGAGCUUUAUGAGCGGCAGUCAAAAACGCUGGAAGAAGCGACAGCUCGUUAUUCUGCACGCAACAAUCGUACCCCUCCAGACAACUUUGACAAGUGGUUCAAGCUCGCGAAAGCCAAUUCUUGUCUCAUCGACGAUUAUGACCAGAUACAUCGCGACUUGGAACCGUGGUAUCGCCUGGCCGAGUCGCACCCAAAGCAUUUCCAGAAGAUGAUUGACCUGGGGCGGAAUCUGAUGUUGAAGGAUCCAAAAGGCAUGGCCACCAUCAAGAUUCAAAACGGACAGGUCCUAAUGCCAAAUUACACCGGUUCUGCGUUCGAUGGCGAAUGGCCGACAACCCUUUCUGGAUUCAAACACGUACUUCCCGACAUGGAUUUCAUGAUCAACGGACGCGACGAGCCUCGUGUUGUGUUCAAUACGGAAGAUGCAGAACUUUGGAAGUCGGCGACGGAGCUCAAUGAUUCUACGCCAUUUCGUCUCUCGCCUAUUCCGACCCACGACUUCUUUAUGAACAAGAGUGGAUGUAGGGUUCUACACUCGGACUCUGACCCAGAUGAGGCAAUCGAUGCUCUGGAGGAUGUUGCCUUCAUCCGCUCCGCGUCUAGUUCAGACUUCACCAGUGAUCUCUGGCCGAUACUGAGCAUGACCAAAAUCACCCCUUGUUUCGCGGAUAUUCUCUUUCCUGGGCAAUAUUACUACGACUCGUCCGCCUGGUCUGGAAAGUUUGGCCAGCCCAACAAUCUGACCUGGGAGGACAAGAAGCCUCAGCUUUAUUGGCGCGGCGCGUCGAAUGGUGGGCAUAUUAUCCACGACAACUACCGAACAUUUUCCCGCUUCCGACUGGUCAAAAUCGCAGAGAGUAACCCAGACCUGGUGAACGCCAAGAUUACAAGCUUCUGGGAGACCCAUUGCACCUUUGAUUGUGAACGCGGGCCAAUCAUCGAUGAAUAUGGAAUCGACGGUCAUGGCAGUCCCCGUGAAGAGGUAUAUCACUUCAAGUAUCUUCUAGAUGUCGAUGGCAACACAUUUUCGGGACGUUAUCUCGGUCUUCUCCGCUCCGGGUCUCUCGUGUUCAAAGCGACCGCAUUCGCUGAGUACUUCAGUGACUGGCUCCGCCCAUACGAACACUAUGUUCCAGUUAGAAUUGGACUGGACGACCUCGUUGAGAAGAUCGAGUGGGCGUUGACACACGAAGACGAAGCGCGCCAGAUCCAGGAAAAUGGGAUGCAGUUUGCGCGGAAGGUGUUGACGGACGCGCAGAACAACUGCUACUUUGCGCUGGUGCUGUUGGAGUGGGCGAGACUGCAGGGAUACGCGAAAGAGGCCGUUUCGGUGGCGCCAGUGGUCUCGAAGUCGCAGAGUUUUUUGGGCAGUGGAUCUCAAUCGACUCCUAGUCCGAGUGCGACUGGGGCGACUUGA